CUGGAAUUUGGCUCGGGCUGUUCCAGGGGUGACGAAAAACUCACCGGCAACGCCUCCUGCCCGGGCUAUAAAGGGCUGCGGGGCGGGGGGAAGGCAGCACUCGCUGUCUGCGCUGCCGAGCCCGUUGUCUCUCAGCCCUCCAGCCUCCGCCAGCCCUCGCCAUGAGCACCACUGUCCGGCAAUUCUCCUCCUCCACCUCCCUCAAGGGCUUUGGCAGCCUGGGGGGGGGCUCCAGCAGGCUCUCCUCCGUGCGUCUUGGGGGAGCGGGCUACAGGGCCCCCAGCGUCCACGGGGGCUCUGGCAGCUACUCUGUCUCCUCCCGCGUCGUCUCGGGGCUCGGAAGUGGCUACGGGGGCAACUACUGCAGCAGCGUAGGAGGGGGCUUUGGGAGCAGCUAUGGGGCUAGCUAUGGGGCUAGCUAUGGGGCUGGCUUUGGGGGUAACUUUGGAGCCUGCUUUGGAGGGGGCGAUGGUGUCUUCCUGGCUGGAGAAAAGGAGACGAUGCAGAACCUCAACGACCGCCUGGCUGCCUACCUGGACAAAGUGCGUGCCCUGGAGGAGGCCAACACCGACCUGGAGGUGAAGAUCAGGGAAUGGUACAAGAAGCAGGGACCUGGGCCAGAGCGUGACUACAGCCACUACUACAGGACCAUCGAGGAGCUCAGGAACAAGGUCCUGGUGGCCACAGUGGACAACGCUAACCUCCUCCUGCAGAUCGACAACGCCAGGCUGACAGCCGAUGACUUCAGGACCAAGUUCGAGACGGAGCAGGCUCUUCGCAUGAGCGUGGAGGCCGACAUCAACGGCCUGCGCAGGGUCCUGGACGAGCUGACCCUGGCCAGAGCAGACCUGGAGAUGCAGAUCGAGAACCUGAAGGAGGAGCUGGCUUAUCUGAAGAAGAACCACGAGGAGGAAAUGAACGCCCUGCGCGGGCAGGUGGGUGGAGAGAUCAGCGUGGAGAUGGACGCGGCUCCUGGCAUCGACCUCACCAAGAUCCUGGCAGAGAUGAGGGAGCAGUACGAGAGCCUGGCGGAGAAGAACCGCCGGGACGCUGAGCAGUGGUUCUUCAGCAAGACGGAAGAGCUGAACCGGGAGGUGGCCAUCAACACGGAGCAGCUUCAGAGCGGCAAGUCGGAGAUCACGGAGCUACGGCGCACCAUCCAGAGCCUGGAGAUCGACCUGCAGUCCCAGCUCAGCACGAAAGCAGCCUUGGAGGGCUCCUUGGCCGACACGGAAGCCCGCUACGGCACCCAGCUGGCCCAGCUGCAGGGGCUGAUCACCAGCGUGGAGGAGCAGCUGGCCGAGCUGCGCUGCGACAUGGAGCGCCAGAACCACGAGUACAGGGUCCUCCUGGACGUCAAGUGCCGCCUGGAGCAGGAGAUCUCCACGUACCGCCGGCUGCUGGAGGGCGAGGACGCCCACAUGUCUUCCCACUACAUCUCGCAGCCUAAGGAAGCACCUGUAACCACCCGCCAAAUCCGCACAAUCUUUGAGGAAGUCCAGGACGGGAAGGUGAUUUCCUCCCGGGAGCAGAUCACCCCGGCUGCCCGCUGAGGCCGCCGCUCCCUUCGCCACAAACCUGGUGAAGCAAAGCAAAAACCCACCCCAGCUUCCGCGCCGUGGCUUUGGAGAUCACCAACUGCAUCUUCCCUCGUUAUCACACCCCCUGUUCCUCCCCCCCCUUCCCCCCAGGGCGCGCUCAGAAAUCAA